GUCARAGARCGCGGUUCUUUCUGUGGCUGUUGUCAAUGAUACUAGCAAGUGUCAAAAUCGACUUCGUUUGGCUUUAAAGAUUAUCUUGAUACAGGAAACAUGACAUAAAUUAAGUGAAUAUCAAGCAACAACAUCGUUACCUAACAUGGCUGUUGCUGAAGAACAUAUGGUAGCYACUGAAAAUCUUGGACAGGGUCUCUUUGGUGUUCAAUUAGAGAUUACUGCCAAACUUCUUGAAGCAGAGCGAAGAAAAUUGAGUCAGUUGCAGCAUGUGCAGUGUGAGUUGGAAAGUGUUCGUGAAAGGACAUCUAGUAUUGAUAGAACAAAAGAAGUUGAAAGACAAAAGCUAAACUAUGCUCGCUUGUCUUUACAACACAAUCGCUUGGCAAAGGAAUAUGAAGAUGCAGCUAGAGGUUUACUUAGAAGAUCAACAAAACAGAAGAAGUCUUCGAGAAGUUUGCCCUCUCUUGGCUUCAAGCAAACAGUCAAAGCUAGGCCAACAAUAUUUGGAGGUCUUGUUGAUGAAACUCUUAGAUCAGAAGGGAUGAAAAAGGAGUCAAAUGGAAGUCUUUCACAUUAUCAAGGGCCGCUUCUAUCCCCAAAGGGGGUUAUGUCAGAUGCUGUAACGUACCAAGAUGGCCGUUUGAUUUCUGGGACRCUGGAUGCCUUGAUCGAGAAGCUGGUGCCUUCACCUAAGUAUUAUCCUGAUCGGACCUACAUAUUUGCCUUUCUGUUGUGCUGCCGUUUGUUUAUAUCACCAAGUCAACUAUUAUCCAGAGUAUCAGCGGGAUGCGCCAAAACUAUGAAGAAAGCAAAUCCAGAUGAUGCCAGAAAACUAGGAUCAAACCUCGUCCAACUAAUGAGCGAAUGGACCGAGACGUUUACGAACGACUUCAGAGACGAGGUCAUGAUGAUGCACUUCAAAGAUAUCACAACAUAUUGCAGCUCUUUAAGCACUGAGCUUAAAAAACUAGUCAGUCAAAUUACGCAGUCUCUAUUUAGCAAGCUCGCCGCGCUUGACAAAUACGACGAAGUAUUAACGCAGGCAUCCGCUGCCGCUGAAGAUCGUAGGCGCACUAAUUCUUCCAAGUACAAGAGCGUUCUUGAAAUGUGUGUCAGUCCYUCUGAGAUGGCCCAGCAGCUGAGUCACAUCGAACUG